GAAAUUCAGAUUAGUCACAUAGAAGUUCCCCCGCCUGCAAAAUCUGCAGAGUUAAAACUGAGAGAGUCUGCCCCACUCCUUCAAUUGCCUGUUGUCUCAGGUUCUGGGACCUUUGUCUAUCUUCUAACCCACAGGCCUGGCUUUGCCCUUGUCUUCCUUGUGGUGAGGACCAGCCUUCCCCAGGUUCCCCUUUGCCACAUCUGCAUCAUCUCUGCACCCAGACUGUGAAGAUGGAAGGGGAAAGGGUUCAACCCCUGGAGGAGAAUCUGGAAAACGGAUCAAGGCCAAGGUUCAAGUGGAAGACGCUAUCGAUGGUGGUCUCUGGGAUUCAGGGAGUGGGGCUACUCCUGUGCCUGGUCUUCAUCAGCCUGCACCUCCAUCCUUCUCCGGUGAAGCAUCCUCCAAUCCAAAGUCUCCGAGCACAAGUUACCAGAUGUGAGAAUGGGAGACUAUUCUUCAGCCUACCCAGGAAUGAGUAUCAAACCAUGGAGGUGAAGAACAACUCAAUUGCCAUCACCUGUGAUGGGCUUUAUCUCAUCUACAUGAAGGGCUCCUUUUUCCAGGAGGUCAAGAUCAACCUUCAUUUCCGGAAGGGUCGAAGUCCCAUCUCUAUGCCCAUGCUGAACAAUGGUCAAAGGGUGGACUUCACUAUGGUAGCUUCUUUGGCCUUCAAAGAUAUAGUUUACUUGACUGUAAAUGCUCCUGAUACUUCCUGUGAACACCUGCAGAUAAAUGAUGGAGAAUUGAUUGUUGUCCAUCUAACUCCGGGUGGAUUCUGUGCACACUGAAGAUCUAUGGCAGCACUGUGAACCAGAUGCCACUGUGAAUUCCACUCCGAGGGUGGACAGAACACAGAUUCUUUCUUGGGAGAGAUGAGUCUGUCCAGCUCAACUCUAGGAGAUGUGACGAAAUGCAGAUUCUACUCAACUUUCUCACUCAGGGAUAUUUAAAACCUGUUUAAAACUUGCCAAUUGACCUCUCAAUCCCAUGAUUGCCUUGAGCCUUCUAAGAGACCUUCUGGGAAUGAGAUAAUAAAUGUCUCUACAAUACACAUUGUUUCUGUUACUCAGAAGAUUAUUGUAAUAAACUUCUGUCACUGAAAACAGCACUUGGUUAUGAUUUUCUAGACUUCUGGCAUUGUCCAAAGAAAGAGCAAGGAAUGGGGCUAUGAGUCUGGAAAGGGUGGUGUCCUUCAACCAGUAGGAGCUGAAGUGCCCUCUCCAAGGUGAAUGUGAUCCAUGUUUACAUGUUGCCCUCUCUCAUUUCAUGGGAGAUCAAAAGAAAGAUUGCCCUAUGGAAACUAGGACUUGAGGACACAAUUUAAAUGACACGGUAUACUCUGGGUUUACUUCUGUUAUUGCUCUUCUUUCCUGGCUUCCAGACACACAUAAUAGAAAACUCCCUUCAAAGAGCUAUCCUGGGGCUAUGAUACCACCCAAAAAAACCACAUCAGUGAUGUAAAGAAAACCAAUAGAGCUUUGUUUCUUAUACAGGGUGUGAGAGAUAGUUUACUCUGAAAGUUAUUUUUAUUAUAGGGGAUAAUAGUGAAUUGGAUUUCUCAGGAUUCCCACAAUCUGAGGACUGGUGUGUAGGUUCUCUCUUCCCAAACUUUUAUGUAAAUUUUUGAUAAUUUUUGACAUUGCAGUAUAUUCUGGUCAUUUUUCAAUAGAAGAUAUAAUGCAUCACAAAAUCUUUGUAGAUGUCUCUGUUUCCUCGUAAGGGUUACAUUGUGCUACAAUACAGUGGUUAUCUCUUGAACCUCCAGGAAGUUUGAAGUCUAUUAAUCCUUGUACUAAGUGAGCUCAGUUAUAUUUGGAUUUUUUGUCUGAUAAUUUUAUGUUUUUCUUAGGCAUCUAUCUAAAGCUAUAGUCUCAGUCUGUUCCAAUCUGUUAUGAAAAGAAACUGAAUAAAAAUGCUACCUAAAAGAAUGUGAGCAUGAGAUAACCACAGGGGUUACUACUGGAAAGCCCACUGUGGGCCUCACAUUGGGCUGAAUGUGUUACAUGAAUUACUCAGGGUAAAAUGUUCUGAUCUUUGUCCUGGUGACUCAGGAGAUUUGUGUGUGUGUGUGUGUGUGUGUGUGUGUGUGUGUGUGUGUGUGUAUGUGUGUAUUCAGUUUUGGUUAUUGACUAUGUUUUGUAAACUUGUUGCUACCUAAUAAGUGACAGCUGAAAAAGCAAUUGUUUAUAACUACAGGUUAAUAUUUAAGAAAAUGCAUGUUUUGUUUUUUUACGUUUGUGAUUUAUGUCUGUAAUUUUUCUUUUUAUGGACGUGCAAUGCACAGACCUCGACUAAGCAUCACUGUUGUAUUGGCUGUUGUCUUGAGUGCCAUGGUCUCUGCUCUGGACCCUCACUCCCCUGGAGCACGCCUGACCUGCUCUGUGCUGGCCUCUGUUAGCCACUCUGGGAUACUGCUGCUCUGUGCCAACCUUAACCCCCUACCUGCUUCCAUCUGUGAUCUGGGUCUCAGUUUCCUUAUUAAUUCCUUCAAAGGAAUAAUUAACCCUGUACUCUAUGCAAAGUAGAGAUUCAGGAAAUGAGAACUGGGGGAGAAAUUAGGAGUCAGGAAAUCUAAAUUUGACUCAGUCACUAAACAAGUGACUUUGGACAAAUGAUAUUCUAUUUCUGCAUUCUGCUUUUCUCCAGUAACAUGACAAAAACAUGAAAUGUCUAACAGUUUAGAAUAUUAUGUUUGUAGCAUUAGCCAAAGAUCCCACAUGUUAAAUGUUUCUGUGCUGAGUAAUUUUCUCUUUUGAUUGUUGGAAGCUGCUUUUUAAAUUUUUGGUUUGUUUUUUGUUCUUUUGUCUACCCUUUACAAACUACACGUCCCCCCUUAAGCUUCUUGGUAACUCCUUCCAGAGUAGUUACCCACUGUUAUCUAAUGACUUUCAGUUCACAAGAUGAGAUGAUAUAGGGAGUACAGUUUUUUUGUUUUGUUUUGUUUUUGUAAAGGUAAAAAAAAUCCUUUAUUUUUAAGAUAUGGCUUAACUACACACUGUAUUAAGCCAGUUUUGGAAUGUCAAUCAUAAUAUGUACUUAAGUUUAUCAGGUGGUUUCCUGGUUUUAAGCCAUAAUUUUGUAUUCAGUAUAUUCCUGGCUCUCAGGGAGUAUAAAUAUUAAUGUUAGCAAUAUGUAAAAUAAUACUGUUUGUAUUUACAUGGAUAGAAUAAAAGACCUUAGAAUCUA